AGCGACUGGAAAUAAAUGGGUUUGUCUUGCUGCGGUGGCGCGCUGCGGUGGUAUUAUUGAGAGGUGUUAUGCUCAAAUGCUCGAGUUCCAAUUAUGGCCAGGUGCUGGUGGGGUGAAUUCAGGCUGACAAAGUUGUCAAAUGGUGCUGCCUUGCCUGGGCCCGGGCUCGCUAGCUUCAGCUCACCAUCUGUGUUGAACCUAGGUAGGCACGGCCCGAGAGCUUUGCCGUAACUCCACAGACGUAAAGGGGACAGAUUUUACUCAGGUCUAAAUGAGGAUCACAAAGGACUGUACACAGAGCCUGAACACUUGUCUCUUACUGAAAGAAAAAUCAAAUCGCAUGUUGUAUUUGGCAUCGACGUGUGAUGUCAUGAGACAGUGUUCCAAAGGUGAACCGAACCACGUUGAAGAUUUUCAGGGGGUGGAUCAAGUUUUGCAGCCAUGGAGAGGCCGAAGCGAAAAGGAUUCCAGUUGCCCAGUCCACUAUCAGCGAGUCGUGCGAUAAGCCAGAAGGUAAAAGUCAACAAAUCGCUUCCAAUCGUAGGCCAUCACGCCACACCACUGUGAACCAAGUGUGCUUCGUGCGGGUGUGCGCAACUAAGUUACUAAAUUCGGAGGGCUGGGAACUCGGUGGCUGGGAACACCACAAUAUCAACCUCUUACUUUUCUAAGUCCCCUCUCCAAAAUUCCUCUUCCAUUCCAGACAAACAUUCCAGUCACUCACGCUAAUUCUAGACUUCGUGCGCAUCGAGUAUUCGAAGGCCGAUUGUCGAUAGCGCUGCAGAUUACAUUCACAUUCCUUUGCUUGUGCAAGCUUCGAAGCUUGAGGGCGGGGUUUCACCACACCGCUGCUGCGAGCUCGCAAACUCGAUCACGGUCUCACUCGGCGGAAGAUAACGAUUUCAACUAGAGUCUCACAAUUUCAAUCGACAAGAUGCGACUCUCACAGACUCCUCCGAGUCUUCUCUCCCUUCUCUUUACGGUACUCUCGCAAACUGACCUGGUCAAUGCGGGACCGUAUCCAAAGGAUGAGCUACACGAUCUCGGCUUCGCAUUUCUCCAACCCAGGCAAUGUGUUAUGUACUGUGGUUCGGAGAAUCAAUUCUGCUGUACACAAGGACAAGGUUGCUUUACGACGUCAAACAUAGCAGGCUGCACAGCGACUGCAGGACUUCAAGGAGUGGGAGGUGGUGCUGGCUACGGAGUCUACACAACUACCUGGACCGAGACCAAUCUCGUCACCAAGACAGCGACAAUCAGCUACGCAGUCGCAACCACGCCCGUGGUCGUAGUGCCCGUAGUACCUACAGUGGCAGCCACUCCUCUCAUCUGCACGACAAGUUUGGGGCAAUCCUCCUGCGACAAGAUCUGCUGUGCCGCUGACCAAAGAUGUGCCGGCCCAAAUACCUGUACUGCAUACUCCUCAACGUAUCUCGGAACCAGCACAUAUGUUGCUCCAGUUCGACCAACCAGCGGAGGCGUCUCGACCGCAACUUCAAUCACCUCAGCGACGACAACUGUUCCUUUCCAAGCCCCAGCCACAGCAAGCGGAAGCAGCUUUCCCAUCACUCAAGAUAACGGCGGCGGCGGAUUGAGCGCUGGUGCAAUCGCAGGAAUCGUCAUCGGCGUCAUCGCCGGUAUCAUUCUCCUACUCCUCCUCUGCUUCUGCUGCAUCGUCAAAGCCGGCUUCGACGGCCUCCUCGCCAUCUUCGGUCUCGGCAAGAAGAGACGUAGGUCCACCGAGCGAGUCGAGGUCAUCGAGGAGCGGUACUCCCGACACGGAAGCCACGCAGGAGGAGCAGCCAGACGAGACACCCACACAGGAUGGUUCGGAGGCUCGCGGCCAGCGAGAGUCACAGAGAAGAGGAAGAAGGAUAGCGGGUUCGGCGGCUUGGGUAUGGUUGGAGCGGGUCUGCUGGGUCUAGCGGCUGUCUUGGGUCUGAAGAGGAAUCACGACAAGAAGACGAAGUCGUCGCACAGAUCGGAUGUCAGUAGUACUUACUAUACCGAUUCCUACACGGGCACUAGCGCAAGCAGUGCAAGUUCAGACCGUAGAACGAGAGAAAGCAGGGGAACCCGUCACACGCGGCGGUAG